GGGGAAAGGAUACCUCGAUUACUCGUCACUCCUACCUCCGUCCCUCAUCGAAUCGUCGUCGAGGGUCUCGUCGCUCAAACCCUCGGCCUUGAUCGUCCUGGUAGCUGCAGGCUGAGGAAAGUGCACGGGGCGAAUUGUGCACGAUAGCACCUCUGGUGCCGGCGGCCGUGGGUCCCGGUGGUACGGGCACCAUGGCGGCAUCAUCGUCUUCCUCGAGCGGCGAACAGCAGUAUUCCCUGCGCUGGAACGACUUCCAUUCCAGCAUACUCAGCUCCUUUCGUCAUCUCCGGGACGAGGAGGACUUCGUCGACGUAACGCUCGCCUGCGACAGCAGCAGCUUCACCGCCCACAAGGUCGUGCUAUCGGCCUGCAGUCCAUACUUCCGGAGGCUUCUUAAGGCCAACCCAUGCCAGCACCCCAUCGUUAUUCUGAGGGACGUUGCAUCCUCGGACAUGGAGUCCCUCCUACGGUUCAUGUAUCACGGGGAGGUUCACGUUGGCCAGGAGCAGCUGACGGCCUUCCUUAAGACCGCGCAAAUGCUUCAGGUCAGAGGACUCGCCGACGUUAACAGCGGAGCAACAAAAAUACCACCCCCGUCAUCCAGCGCGAACAACGGUAGCGCGCCCACGACGCCUCGACUUCCUUGGCAGGAUAACGGAAGAGGCGACGGACUUCCGGUAAACGAGGGCGGACUCAGUCCGCCGCCCGAAAAGCGACCACGCAGCUAUUCGCCACCCCUCGGUAACCACGUCGAGCCAAAAUCCGAUCUCCAAGAAUCCCUCCUCGGUCAGGCCCUCGAAGGAGGUCCGACGAUACACACAACGCCGAGCAACAACGUGCAGAAGGGGAAUCACGACAAUUCACUUCAGGCGCAGUCGACGGGCGAAGACUCGAACUCUUUGUCUGACAACGAAGAAGACAUUUCUAACAACGAGAGUAUUCUUAAUUCCGUUAAGACUGAGCCUGCAGACAUGUUGAACGACCCUGUGGAGCAGCAUCACCGAAACACAUUUCCAGCCGCUCUUCUCGGUCUUCAAGGACUGAUGCCAGGACCCUCGGGGAUCCACGCGGCGAAUCAGGACCCGAGUUAUGUAGCAAGGCGAGGACUUGACAUGAUGCGAGUGAGAGCCACGGAUCCGCGGCCUUGUCCGAAGUGCGGGAAGAUAUACAGAUCGGCCCAUACUUUGCGGACGCACCUCGAGGACAAGCACACGAUAUGCCCAGGGUACAGAUGCGUGCUUUGCGGAACGGUUGCGAAGUCGCGGAAUUCCCUGCACUCUCACAUGUCGCGUCAGCACCGAGGUAUCAGCACGAAGGACCUGCCGGUCCUGCCGAUGCCGAGUCCCUUUGACCCCGAGCUUGCGUCGCGGCUGCUGGCAAAAGCGGGGGUGAAAGUCUCCCCGGCGGAGCUGCGCGCCAGGGCGAGUCCCACGGGACCUCGACGAGGCGACAUGCGGCUGGAACUGCCGAGGGGGGCGCCCUCGGAGACCGGAAGUUCGGUGUGCGGAGGCGACGAUCCUGAGGACCUGACGCUUCCGUUGAGCUUGCGGUACGGCUCGCCAACGCCGAACAACAACACGGUGAUAACGAAGGUGAACAAGGCGCCGGGGGCGAUCGCGGCCAAGUCCCACGACACCCUCCACGUUAGCCGAGAGCCGAACACCGCCCCCCUGCAACCCCCAGGGCACCACGGACCGGGGCACCACAACAGCGCGACGGGAUCAGCGAUCCUUGACACCUACCUGCAGUUCAUCGCGGAGAAUUCGGGCCUGACAAUGGGCCUGAGUCCCGAGCAGGCAACCGCCGUCGCCGCGGCCCACGCUGCGAAAAUGGCGCAGAUGAGUGCGAUGGAUAAGUUGGGGGGUCGCGGUAUCGAGGAUUAUCCUAUGAUAGGAAGGGACGAGGGCAGGGGACCCGGCGUCGUCCACGAGGACAGGUCCGACGUCCACCUGCAGGGCCACACGCCGAUGGACGAAGCCGACUCGUCGGGCGCCGAGGAGGACGACUUCAGCGAGAACGAGGAACCGGAAGUCGUCAAGGCCGAGUAGAAUCGCCUGGGAUAAGCGAAGCAUUUGUUCGAUUCG